GCCUUCUUUCCCCCUUUCUCUCAUUUUUUGAUCACAUUCGUUCUCGUGUCUGGACCGGUUCCGCACAUCCCCACAGUCUUUUCAAACAACCACAAAACUUUACAGUCUUUUAUCACCCUAACAUCAAAAUGAAGUUCUCCAGCAUCUUCCAGCUUGCCCUUGUUGGCAUUGCCAGCGCCGCCCCUACUCCCACCGUCGAGCAGGGUGCCACCAACGCUCUUGCCAAGCGUGCCUCCAUCACCGAGACUUGCACCAUUGGUUACGCCACUCAGAACGGCGGUACCAAGGGUGGCAAGGGCGGUUCCACCACCACUGUCUCGACCCUGGCUCAGUUCACCAAGGCUGCCACCGCUUCCGGCGCCAAGGUCGUCUACGUCAAGGGCACCAUCUCUGGUGCUACCCAGGUCAAGGUGACCUCCGACACCACCAUUGUCGGUGCCAGCGGUGCUAAGCUCUCCGGCGUUGGUCUGUACAUCAAGGGUGUUUCCAACGUCAUCGUCCGCAACCUUGCCAUCUCCAAGGUCAAGGCCACCAACGGCGACGCCAUCAACAUCCAGGCCUCCACCAACGUCUGGGUUGACCACUGCGACCUGUCUUCGGACAAGAACAACGGCAAGGACUACUAUGAUGGUCUCCUUGACAUCAACCACGGCUCUGACUGGGUUACCGUCUCCAACACCUUCCUCCACGACCACUACAAGGCGUCCCUUGUCGGACACUCUGACAGCAACUCCAGCGAGGACAAGGGCAAGCUCCACGUCACCUAUGCCAACAACUACUGGUACAACAUCAACUCUCGUGCCCCCUCCGUCCGAUUCGGCACUGUCCACAUCUACAACAACUACUACCUGUCCAUCGGUGUCACUGGCGUGAACUCCCGCAUGGGCGCUAACGUUCUUGUUGAGUCUACUGUCUUCGACAGCAGCAGCUCCGCUGAUGCCCUCACCUCCGUCGACUCCAAGACCACUGGCACCAUCACCGUCAGCGAUGUUACCCUCAACGGCGCCACCAACAACGCCCCCGCUGGCUCCUUCAAGACCAGCAGCAUCCCUUACAGCUACACCAAGUACGGCGCCAGCAGCGUCAAGGCCAAGGUCUACGGCACUGCCGGCAACACCCUCAGCCUGUAAGCUAUGCAACGUCUUGUUGCGGCGGGCCCUUGAGAAGUGGCUACAGACAGCAACCGCCGGGACGGCGGCUUAAUUGCCAUCUGAUCGAGAGAUGGCCGCCAUUAAUUACUUCACUUUAUUCUUGCGGUGUAUAUAUUCCCCCCUUUCGAUAGAUUAGACCGCCCCCCCUUGGGGGCGUGCGAUACUAUCGCUCAAAAAAUGAACUGCGUUGGCCAAG